ACUCGCUCUUGCAACGUACAGAGCGGCGCGCGCGUCCUCCUAGACCGGAAGUGGUUCCUCGUCGGUGUAUUUAAAGAAGAGAGUGUAUAUAGCCGUACCACGGCGUCUAUAUUUAGUACGAAGGGAAGCCUUCGGGAGGAGAACCUGGUUAUCGACCCAAAUAUGCUAGUACAGUGUUGAGAAGAUGCCCCAGUGUGCCGUAGUUAGUUGUAGCAACACGCACCGGAAGACGAAAGGUGGUUCGGUGCGGUACCAUAGGUUCCCUGGGGACGUCGGGACGCGUGCGCGCUGGGUGAGAGCCUGCGGGAGGCACGUGCAGAACUGCGCCACCGCACGUAUCUGUAGUAGACACUUUAGCGAAAAUAGCUACGAAAGGGACGUACAACACGAACUACUUGGAUUGCCCGCGAGGUGCCGUCUUCGGAGAGGCGCCGUUCCCGAUAUAAAUCUUCCCCAAGAAGUCCUUCAAGAGGAUGAUCACCAAGAUAGUGCAAUCGCCGUUCUUUUAGCGGUUGGCUUAGUACCCACUGGAAAAGUGGUAGAAAAGAAGAACGGGGGAUUACCAUUGGAUUUAAAUAAAAUGCAUGUUAUGGAAGAUGUUCACGAAGGUUGCAAUACGCAACAACCAUCCUCGCCUGGUCACGCGGAUCAAAGACAAGAUAUGAUAAACGAUAUGUGCAAAAAAGAACUCGAAGAAAAUCCACCCGAAUCUGAAAACUUAAACAUAACAGAAAUUAAAAGAGAAGAUAUUCCAAACGAAAUCAAAAUGGAGAUAGUCGAUAAUCACACGCCGCCGAAUGAAAUGAAUGGUGAUUCAGGAACUCACCACAUCCACGAAGAUAGCAGUAACGAUAACGAUAGUGGAACUGAUAUUUCUUUAAAAAGAAAAUUGGAGGCUGAGGCUAACGAGUCUGCUAUGAAACGAUUGCAUGUUGAGGUGCAAAGAAGUUUUUCUGUUAGAGAUAAGUUCCUGAAGAAGUGUAUGGAUAAUAUUGGCGGGAAUAGUUUUGAACAAAUUCAAGCGUCUACCGAGCAAAUUGUAGCUGAAAUACGAACUUUGGGAGAGCUGGCCAAACAAAAAGAGAAGGAAUGGAAUAAUAUAUUGCAUUUCAAAAAGUUAAAAGAAGAAUUAUUGUUGCGUUUAGAACGUCAAAAACAAUUACUUUUAUUAAAUUUGGGAGAUUUUGACGAUGAAAGUUUCGAAAAUUCUUCUGAAAGAUACACAAAUGAUCCUCAAAGAAGUCGAAACGGGAACCACAAAUCAAAACAUUUCAACGGGAGAUCAUCUUAUAAUAACAGUAUUGAUAUUGGAAACGCUCACGAUUAUAGACAACGGAUUCAGCGACCUGUUGUCGAUGUAAAAUCUUUAAUAGCCGAUUAUAGACAAAAACAUCCCGAAACUGUUCCGCGGAGAGGACGGAGAAUACGCACUAACAUCCCACAGAGUAUUCUUAAAACAACCGGUAACGUUCUUAACGUUUCAAAUAUAGCAUUGGGUUCUGGAGCACAAGUUUUACACAACACAUCAUCAACGAGCGAUAUCAAUUUAUCGCAUUCGGAAUCCGACGUAAACAGCGAUUUAACUUCAUUUAAAGAUAUGCUCGUGGAAUUUGCAAAAUUAUCGCAAAGUGAAAAACAAGAUAUUUUAUGUAAUAAUAGCGGAAAACCACCACCACCUUACCCGGAAGUUACUGUACAUCCUGUUCCUACUACGUCUACAAAUUCGAAUUCUUUACUUCAUGGAAUAUUAACCAAGAAUCAACCGACUAAAUCAGAAACUAAAAGUACAUUUAGCCCAACCCUUGCCAGACUUCUCACGGCACCAGAAAAAUCGAGUCCACAAACAAGUGGAAAUCACAACGUUGUGGUUUCAACCCAAGGAAAUGUUGCGUCUAUUUCUGAUAUUUUAUCGCACAGCAAAGCCAGAAAUGAAAUAACAAUAACUCCAGUUAUGGGAAAAUAUGAUGGAGUUGCAAAAAAUAAAAAUCAUCUUGAUGAAGAUGAACAAGAAGAUAGCGUGGAUAGAUUAGUAAUUGAUGAAGGUGGUGAAAUGGUCGAUGGUAGAUCUAAAGAUAAUAAUUCAGAAGAUGGGGAUGUCCCACAAUGUCAAGGUUGCAACCAAAGACAGGCGCAGUUUGUUUGUGCAGGAUGCGCAAAUCAAUGGUAUUGCAGCAGGGAUUGCCAGGUUGCAGCAUGGGAUGAACACUCUGAAGUGUGUUCAGGUUGAAACGAGAUCCUACAAAAGAGAGCAAAAACUAUGAAUCAGAAAACAUAUGAAUAUAUUAAAUUUAUAUGGUGAUAUUUAUUUUUCUAUACCGUGUGGAACGAGGAAAGUACCAAAGAUAGCCAAAUGGAGAAAUCUGAAAUUAAACGAUUUCCAUUUUUUAAAUAUUAUUUAGAUUCUAGAACUAAUUUUUAUAUCCUAUUAUUUUUUUUUUAUUAUUUUUCAUGUACAUUCUUGUAAUGCUAUGUAACUCCUAAUAAGAUAUAAUUGGUAUUAACGGUCCCAUUUUACUCUAUUUUACUUGAGGGUCAUAAUAGGGUUAUGUAAGUUUUCUUUUUUGCCUAGUCAAUUAAGUUAGUUACCACAAAUGAAUAAUUUUUUAAGUGUUAGCGUAUUUUGAUGAUAGUUAUCAUUCAUAUAAGUGCCAUAAUUUAAUUAGGUACUUUUAUUAUUAUUAAUUUGGUAAGAGUUUUACUUAUUCGUCUGUGCCCCCAAUGUUUUCUAUGUUACUAUUUAAGCUGAUGAGUUUUUUCUAAAUGUAAGAUAUUGUUCUGUGAUAUAAUUAUUUAUGAAUAAAAAACGUAUAUUCAGUA